CAUACGAGCAACGAGACGGCGCGCACACGAGUCAACGACAACGAGCCAGCGCGCAUACGAGCAACGAGACGGCGCGCACACGAGCCAGCGCGCAAACGAGCCACGAGCAAGCGAACGGACGAGUUCGCGAGGUUACGUAACCUACGAGGAACGAGCCAGAGACGACCCUCCACUACCACGAGCUACACGAGCGAGAGGGGGAAUAUACACGAGCAGAGUACAAAAUCAAGUAAGUCGUUCGGUUUCGUUAUUUCGAUCAGUGAACAAUGGCAAACAGAGCCAAAAUACUCAUAAAUAAACGGACUUCUUUAAAGUCUAAAAUCACGAAUCUCAAUAAUAUCCUCGACAAAGGUACAACGGACGAUACAUUAAUCAAAUUACGCUUAGAACGUGUAACUGAGUUAUUUCACGCGUAUGAGGACUUCAACGAUGAGCUUACCGAAUUAGAUCCAAACGAGUCACACCAAACCGAAUAUGAAAAUAUUGAAGAACGAUAUUAUUUGCUUGCGGCUAAGAUAAAAAAUAGGUUGUCCGCGUCAAAUAUAUCCGAGGCUAGUACCAGCGCGUCCCACGAAGAUCGGCCCUAUGAGAAUUCACUCGCUACUUCGACCAAAAAACGGCGUAUCAAAUUGCCCGAAGCCUCGCUUCCGACCUUUGAUGGCAAAUUUGAGAGUUGGCUCUCGUUUAAGAAUAGCUUCCGGAAUAUGAUCGGAUCACAGACCGACUUGUCAGACAUUGACAAGCUUCAUUAUUUGAAAUCGGCUUUAACGGGCGAAGCGGCCAAUAAAAUUAAAAUCUUUGAAACCGACGAUAUAAAUUAUUCUAAGGCAUGGGAGUUACUUGAACGAUCAUAUGAAGUGAAGCGCAUUCUCAUUUCGCGACAUUUAUCGUCUAUUUUAAACCUACCGGUGUUAGAGAAAGAAACGUCUAGCGGUUUGUCGAAACUUGCGGACGACGUACAACAGCAUAUCGCGUCAUUAAGCGUAUUGGGAGCUUCCGUCGGGCCCGAAAUGAUUGUGCACGUUUUAGAGACCAAGUUACCGAAAAGUACGGCGGAAAGAUGGGAAAACUCUCUCGAACGAGAAACAUUUCCGGAACCCGACCAAAUAUACGAUUUUUUAUAUAAAUCCGCGGUCUUCGCAUCAAAACGCGAGCGGACUAAGACAUUAGAGGCAGAAAGAAGCAAAGGGGAACCGCCGAUAAAGAAAAAACGAUACUCUUCUUCUCCAAAUAAAGCAUUCGUGUUAAAUACAUCGCGUAAUUGUAUAAUAUGCAGAAAUCGUCGACAUCCUCUUCAUUUGUGUGAAAAAUUCAAACAACUACCGGUGCAAAAACGUAUUGACGCGAUAAAAACCGCGAAACUCUGUUAUAAUUGCUUACGGUCGCACAAGGGCAAUGUUUGCAACUUUUCCAAUUGCUCUAUUUGCAACAAGCGUCAUAAUUCGCUUCUCCAUAUUGAUAAUUACGCGAACACGCAUAAAUCGGACAAAUCAAAAUCCACCUCCGUUCAAACCGAUUGACUAAUUGAAGCGAACAACGGCAAGAC